AUGUCUACACCCUUAACCUUUACUCCAAUUGCAGAUAUCCCAUCUAUUGUGGCUAAAGGAAAGCAAUUCUAUAGAGAUAGACAAUUAAAUUUGUCACAUGAAAGAAAUGCAAGGAAAAUCGAUUUGGAAUUUAGAAUUAGACAGUUACAGAAAUUGUAUUACUCUAUAAAAGACCAUCAAGAUGAUAUUAUCAAUGCUAUGCUCAUGGAUUUCCAUCGAGCUCCACAAGAGACUAUAGCUUUGGAAUUGACCCCAUUGUUAAAUGAUGUCUUACUUAUUAUCAAACAAUUACCUAAAUGGAUUAAACCUUCUAAAGUGAAAGACAGGUCUGCACCAUAUAUGUUUGGUAGUAUUCAGGUAGAAAAAAUUGCAAGAGGAUUGGCUUUAGUUAUUUCACCAUUCAACUUCCCAUUAUUGUUGGCUUUGACACCAGUAGCUAAUGCUAUUGCUGGGGGGAACUCAGUUAUUAUUAAACCCAGCGAAAUGACUCCACAGGUUGCCCAAUUGAUGGAAACUAUUGUUAGGGAUGCAGAUUUUCCAGAUGGACUAGUCAGUUUUGUUCAGGGGUCUAUUCCAGAGACUACUAAGUUAUUAGAAGAUAAAAAUAUAGAUAUGAUCUUUUAUACAGGUUCCCCUAAGGUUGGGUCUAUCAUAGCCACUGCUGCAGGUAAGCAUUUGAUUCCAUGUGUCUUAGAAUUAGGUGGUAAAUCACCUGUAUUUAUAACCAGAAAUUUCCAAAUGUCGAACUUGAAAGUGGCUUUAAGAAGAUUGUUUUUUGGUGGGUUCAGUAACUCUGGUCAGAUAUGUGUAAGACCAGAUUAUAUAUUGAUUCAUGAAGCACACUAUGAUGCAUUUGUUAAAGAAUCUAAAAAAAUCUUAAAUGAAUUAUUUCCUAAAUUAAAUAAAGACACUGAAUUUACACAUAUGAUUUCUGAAGUUGCAUAUGAGAGAAUCUCUCAAAAGUUGAAUGAUACAAAGGGUCAAUCAUAUGUGCCAGAAUCAUAUUUAAGUGAACAAAAGAAAAGUGAAGUAGAUAAUGGAAAUAAUUUAUUUCUACCACCAACAUUAAUUUAUGGCGUAGAUUGGGAUGAUCCGAUAAUGAAAGAAGAGAAUUUUGCUCCAGUGAUUCCAAUUGUAAAGUAUAAUGAUUUAGAUGAAGUUAUUGACAAAGUUAUUCAAUAUCAUGAUACACCAUUAGUUCAAUAUAUUUUUUCCAGCUCACAGGCUGAUAUAGAUCAUAUCUUAUCACGUAUUAGAUCCGGUGAUUGUGUAAUUAAUGACACUAUCAUCCAUGUAGGAAUUCAAGAAGCACCAUUUGGUGGAAUUGGUUACUCAGGGUAUGGUAAUUACGGAGGUCAACACGGGUUUGAUGCUUUCACUCACGAAAGAACUAUCUUUAAACAACCAUUUUGGAUGGAUUUUGCUUUAUCUAUGAGAUAUUUCCCAUACUCUAAUAAGAAAUCUAAAUUGAUUCAAAUGGCUAAUGAACAGCAACCUUCAUUUGAUAGAAAUGGUAGAAGAAAAUUUGAUUUAGCUGAAAAGCUUCGUUAUUUAAUGGGUGUAUUGACUGGUUUAGCUGGUUAUUAUUUUUAUAAAAAAUUAUUUGAGCAAAGAUGA